AUGAUCAAGAACAAAGAACAAAACUUAGGAUCGGCCUUCGACCAAAUGAAUGGCAUCAUGAACUUUAUCAACCGAUUCGGAUACGUUACCGGUCUGGAAUUUACCGAUGAUUGGAAAGUAACUGGCAGAACUGUAUUCGCUGCCUUCUUUAAUUUUUGCCUGCCAUCUCUUGGAUUCUACACCUUACAUCUCACUUUUCCGUCAAGUGAAAACAUUAUCAUCGUGGGCGGUUACGCCUUCAAUAUAACGGUCUGGACGAAAAUAAUAUUCAUUACCCUGAACCACGAGCAAUACAUGUCGGUGGUGCGCUUCAUUUUCAAAGUGAUCAAAAGCAAUUCAUCCGGACCACGACAGCGCAUCCUCUUGAAUAUGAUCAAGAGGAUAAACUAUCACUUAAAAAUCAACAUUUCCGGCUUUCUGGGCGGUGUUGGUUUCUACUCAGCGUUCCCGUGUUACGACUUCAUCUUUAACGGAAACUUGACCUUAGUUUCUCCGGUGCUGGUGCCUUUUGCCGAUGCGAAGACCGUCCGAGGUUAUUUGAUUACCACCGGAUUUAACAUAUUUAUCGUCAGCUUUUGUGUUACGCUGUGUGUCGCGAUCAGUUGUCUAUUCUUCGCAACGGUUGACGCAUACGACGGCAUGGUUUCGUUAAUCGAAGACGAUUUUGAAACGUUUGAUGCUAUGUGCAAGAGGAAGGAGCGUGGUCAGACGUAUGAAGCACAGUUCCGAAAUAUAAUGAUGGAACUGAAUGACUUGGCAAGUUUCAGCUCGUACACGAAUGACCUGUACGGUCUCAUUUCGACUGUUCAAGUAUCUACGUCCUAUGUUGUGGUUGUGACGUGUCUAGGUGGAUUUUUUGUGGCAGGCUAUGUUAGUGGCAUUGGGGCGUCUAUGUCUUUCUACACAGAAAUGUUAAUGUAUUGCUACAUAGGACAGCUACUGGACAAUGCGAACAAACGAAUUGUAACAGUAAUUUGCAACGCCAAAUGGUACACGUAUGAGGUGAAAUAUCAGAAGGACAUGAUUACAGCAAUAUACGUAGCCCAAAACCUGCAGUCGAUCUGCCUAGCAAACGUAUUUCCGCUAAACUUUGAUACUGGCCUACAGAUAACAAACAACAUUUAUUCAAUAAUAACGUUUAUGAUUAGCAUGUUUAACUAA